GAGCAGUGAGAGUGUUGUCUUUUCCACGCUCUGCUCAGUUGCUAGCGCCCCUGAACGCACUGUUGCUCAACAGAACUCAUCGCGGGCGUUGGCCUGGAAAAUAACAACUGUUGGCUGUUUUGCAUGCCUCAAACGGGAGUUUUACUGACACUUGAGGUCUUACUUAAACUUUAUCAAAUAAGGCGAUUGUCAGGGAACAGACUGUGGGAAUUGGCUAGCCUAGGCCUAUGAAGAUCACUUGUCAUCUUUGAGUUCGUGGGGUUUCUGAGGAUCAAUUAUCACUGACAAUCUCCCUGACACACACACACACACACACACACCGACUCAAAGCAGUGUGCCAUGGAGGUGUGUGAAGAGAUGCUGGAGCAAGAGGAGGAGACGGAGGAGGAGCAGGAGGAAGAGCUCUCUCUGACGGUGGUUCUUCCCGAUGGCACUGAGGAGGUCACUACUGUAUAUGGGAGUAAACCAGUGAUGGACAUGCUCGUGGCGCUGUGUGCCGAACACCACUUAAACCCCUCAGAGCACGCCAUGGAACUCAUCUCAGCCAAUCAGAACCUCAUCAAGUUCAAACCCAACUCUCUGAUUGGCUCAUUGGAGGCCGAGAGGGUGGUGCUUAAACACAGGGGGGAUGAUUAUCAGCCCAGGAAGAAAAGGGAUCCCUACGUGCCCGAGGUGUCUGUGCGGCUGCUGAUCUUCUACAGGAAGUCACAUCGUGCAGUGGUGCGUGUCAGCCCCAAGGUGGCGCUGCGGGAGCUGCUGCCGGCCAUCUGUGAUAGGUGCGAGUUCCCCCCGGAACACACCCUCCUCUUCCUCAACAGCGAAUCGGAGGAGCCGCUUGACUUCGACAAGACGCUCAACGACUACGGCAUCAGGGAGCUCUUCGCCAAGGACACCCGAGUCAUCCUUACUCCUCCAGAAGUGGUGGUCACGGCGGACACUGAAGGGUCCAAGGAGAAUCUGCAGCCAGUUGCUCCUGAGAAGAAGGAGAGAAAGGAGAGCAAAGGCUUCCUCAGCAUCUUCAGGAUACGCAAGAAGAAAUCCACACAGAAUGUGUCUUCGAGUGCCCCCAACUCGCCGCCCCACCAGAAGCGGCGGACCCUAAGUUUGGGCCUUCUGAGCUUCCGAACGACUCAGCCGGCCCAGUCCCACCCCGGCCGGCCUAGCAAGAAGAGGAGAGCCCCCAUGCCCCCCCUCCCCAACCUCCUCAACUCGCACAGCCUCCCUGCACACCUCAACUCCAGCCUCUCCACCCUCAACACACACACCGCCACCAGCGCUACAUCCUCAGCGGAGUCGACUCUGAGGAGAACUAAGCGCCGGGCCCCCCCUCCACCUGUCUCGAUCCCCCCAGCUAGCACCACAGACCCCUCUAGCCCUUUGGACCCGGUGAACGAGCUUCCAGAGGAUGCUGACGAACGGGACCAAUCAUCCACAGGCAUUGGCAGGAGGCAAAAGUCUUCAUCCCUUAACGACCUUAACGUGCAGCAACGGGUUCCUAACCCUAACGAGCGGCGCUCCACAUCCUCCUCUUCCGGAAGUGGGAUGGAGGAGCCGGAGCGAUUGCCAGGAUACGCAACCACGGCACUCGUGCACUCCGAUGUGAGUCACGUGAAGUCCGGCAGCCAGUGUAGCGACCAGGACACCAGUGACCGGCCAUGUGACGAGUUCUGUGUGUGUGCGGACUGUGAAACCAGGCGAGCGGAGUGCGAACCGUCAGGAGUGUGGUGGCUCUCACACUCCCUCAGUUCUCAGGAUGAGCCACCCUCCCCCCAUACACCGUCAGCCAUUAGCUCCACACUCCCUAGCCCCAGCAGGGCAACAUCCGCCCAGACCCCCCAGGCUGAAUCAUCUAGCCCCACCAGGGCACCUUUUAAUUCCCGGGCCCCACAAGCUUCACUUUCGCCCAACCUCAACCGUCGGCUCACACAAUCGGUGUCAAGUCCCAUCCGUGUCCCCCAGUCUGCCUUGUCCAGCCCCAGUCGUGCCUCUCUUCUUGGGCCUUCUUCCUCCAGCCCCUUGGGCAGCCCCAGUCGUGCCCCGCAGUCUUCGGGUCCUGCUUCAGCUUGGAGCCCUAGUCAUGGCCCACUGUCCGGCCGAAUGCUGCGCAGUGAGAGCAGGGAAGGCCUGACCACCUUCACCGUCAUCCCCAAGCUCAAGGACCACCAGCAGCAGCACCGUGGCUCCCUGGACGAUGGGAGUGUGGAGGGGAGCUCUCCCCAGCACAGGUGCUCUCUGUUGGGACAGGGGAGUGUUGGAGGGAGGGCCUCCUCUCCACAGCGGCAAAGUCUGGAAAGACCACAUCGUAGACGCUCAGAGCAGGAUGACUCUUUGGGAGAGGAGGAACGGAGAGCACUGGAGUGCCUCGCCGAUGCCACCGCCACACCUGAGUCCAGUCCGUUCUCCAGCCCAAAAACUGCCAACCCCAGAACCAAAUCCAUCUCUCAAUGCCGCGCCACAUACACAAAAAGACACAAGUCUAGUACUGAGAAUUCCAUGCCAUCAGACCAAACAACCCAGCAAAGUUCAGAGCCGACCAGCACCAAUACAGCCACAAACUCGACUCUGCAUUCCAUGCCUACCACUGACACAGCCAAGCCAGGACAGGAGUCCAUGCCAACCUACACCACUAGCACCAGCACCACAACCACAGCCAAGCCCCGUGCGUGUCUCAGGCCCUUGUUUACCCAGGCCAGGCCCAGCCUGCCAUCCCCGUGGUGGGUAGUGGUGCAGCGGAGCUCGGCCCAGCACAGCUCCCUCAUGGAGGAGCUCCAGAAGAGAGUACCAGUGAUGGACACCGCACGGCACCACCACAGAAGACAUGGCGGAGAGGAGGAGGAGGAGGAGGAGGAGGAGGAAGAGGAGGAGGGGGAUGGAGAGAGGAGGGGAAGUGAUGAGGGGGUGAAAAGAGGAGGCGGGACCACUGUAGGGAAGGCAAAGGAGAGGAAAGAGGAUGAAUGGGAUGGAAUCAAAGACAAACGAGGAGGACAACACAAGCAGGAGGAGAAGAAGAAGAUUCUUGUGAAAGACAGGAUGGAGCAGGCUGUUGCAGAGGUCAAGGCACCUUUGGAACGUGUGGAACAGCGAGAAGAGGUAGAUGAGGGAUUUGAUGGCAGUGAGAAAGAGAGUACGGAGAAUGGGGACGAAGAAGAGGAGGUGGGGGAGAGUGGAGGAGGAGGGAAAGAAGAAGAAGAAGAAGAGGAAGAUGAAGAUGAGGAAGAGGAGGAGGAGGAGACAGAAGAGGAAGAUUUUCCUCCUCCGCCUCCACCCACGCUCUGGUCUGAGGGCACUGCCUUAUCUCCAUCCCCCACCACACCAGGACAUCAGGGCACCUCUGCAGUGGAUAACACCUCCGUAUCAGACGAACCACAGCAGCCCACAGUGGACAUUACCCCAGCCUCUCCCCCCCUCUCCAAGCCAGCCCUCCAGGCCCCUCCACCUGCCAGGCCCCCAGGCCCUACAGGCCCCCAUUCCGCCAAGAGCCGUCCGCCAUCGGAUGCUCCUGCGUCGGGCGGCUUGUCCCUGUUCGCCCUGGCGGUGUCCCAGAGGGCACAGCGGUUCACGGCGGCCUUCAAUGCCCACUCUUCACCACGCCUACUGGGGCCACUAAGGCACAUCAGACGGGCCCCCGCAUACACACACAGGCCUCGCACCAACGGCUGUGUACCCGCUGACCUGAGCUGAGACGGGAGGACCAGCGCGCGACCUUCAUGUGACCUCGUCGUGUUUGUUUAUCAGAGUGACCUUCCUGAAGGAGCUCCGGGUGGAAGUGAAGUCAGCGACAACGGCAGCCUAACUUCCUGCGACCCACAACUCUGGCUUCCUGUGACACGGCAGAGAAAUCUAAUGGGAAGCUGCGCCAAAUAAACACAAGCAGGAACAAGGUGGCGCAGAAACAACUGGUAGUCUCACCAGGCAGAGGCAGAGAGGGACAGAUGUUUCAGUUACACCACACUCUGUAACUUUGACCUCUAUGAAAAGUAAAUGAAUUUGAUUUGUCAAGACUUCAUUUUUUCCUGUUUAUUAUUAUUAGUAUUAUUAUUAUUCUUUUCUAGCUUUAAUAUGGGUUUAAACCCUUUCUAUGUAUUGAGAUAUUUAGUUUGAAUCAUUUCUGCAUGUUGGAUGAAGACAUUUAUUUUUUUACUCAUGUUAACUUUUUUAUUUGAAAUUCUGUAAAUAAUAUUUUUUGUUGUUUCUACUUUUUUGAACAUGCAGAGAUAAAAUCAAUGACAAAAACAAUCUGGUUUCUGUAGAUUUUUUUACCCACUAACUUCACCGAAUCAGCAUAGGAGGCAAUUAUAUGUUUGCUUUCCUCAAACUAAAAUGAACCAUACAGAUGAUCUGUGCACAUUUCAGAUGAACUGUAACGGCAUUGCACUAAUAAGUUCAUCGGAAAACUGUGGGUGUU